CAUUAGUUUGGAAUGUAGUCGGUUCAUAAACAACCACGGAAGAAGAAUCUAGGACUCUGGACUGAACUGACCUUGCAAAAAGCACUCGACUCCUCUCAGCUGUGAUCUACGUGAGCAAUUUGGGAACCAGGUUUUUCUUUCGUGUUUCCUGAAUAAAACCCAUUUGUAAGGAAAAAGACAGAAGAUUGAUCAGACACCAUGGCCACAGAAGGGGAGCCCACAGACUUGGUAAAAGUGGUGCACCUGCUGGUGCUGUCCUUUGGAUGGGGGAUGCAGCUGUGGGUUUCCUUCAUAGCAGGUUUUGCGCUCGUGAAGCAGGUAACACGGCACACUUUUGGGCUGGUGCAAAGCAAGCUGUUUCCUGUUUAUUUCUAUUGCCUACUAGGCAGCAACUUUGUCAGCCUUGCUGGGUAUGCAGUGUACCACCCCAGAGAGCUGCUGGACUGGCACGAGAGCCUACAGAUGGCCCUGUACUUUGUGGCAGUCAUAAUGUCUGGCCUUAAUGCACAGUGGUUUGGCCCAUCAGCCACAGAGAUCAUGUUGAAGCUGCAUGAAGUGGAGGUGGAGCAUGGCCUUGGAAACCAGAUAGGAAUAGGGAGUCAGAAGGAAGCCUACUCUAAACUCCGGGAGCAGGACCCAAAGUACAAAGCCUACAAGAGCACCUUUGGCCGCUAUCAUGGCCUGUCCAGCCUAUGCAAUCUGAUUGGGUUUAUAUGCACUACCACCAACAUGGUGUACACCGCUCUCAAUCUAGCCACCAUUUAGAGAGAAUCUUUCAGAAUAUAAUGUUGUUCUUGUUGAUACCUUUCUAUAUUGUUUGUCAACAAGUGGCUGUGUAUCAAGCCUCUCAGAGGUGGAGCACUGAUGGAGGAUCAGUUUAGUCUUUUAGAUCACAAUAAAUGCAGUUAUAUGGACAUUUUA